AUGCAGCGUGCCAUCAACCUCAUCAUGGCGUAUGUUCGGACGGGUGGGACACGAACAAUGGCCGACUUUGAUGACCUUGCACAGCGUCUCUUGGAGGCUUGGGAUAAAGUUGCCACUAAGAAUGGAGAGGGUUCCAAGGAGAGACAACUGAAUGCCGUGUUUGUGUUGGGUGCAAUCACGACAGGCACGGAGAGCGGGUUUCUGUUGCCGCGGGUACAGAUACUAUUGUUUGAUCAUGCAGACGUUGGCUUUAAGUGUGGAAAGCAGUCUUUGUUGGGAUUAGGCUAA